AUGGAAUCAAAUCAUGUAAUAUCCAUUACAAAUGAAGAAGAAAACAACAACACCAAUAUAACUCAAAUGAAGAAAAAUAAAACCAAUAUCUCCAUUGUUCCAAUUAGUUCCUAUCCAAGUGACAACAAAAAUAAUAAUAAGCAGAAAAAAAGUGAGCAAGACAUCAAGAAGAUGAUCCAUAGCACCAAAGUCGGAAUCUCACUUCUUUUGGUUUCUCUUCUUUAUAUUUUGAAUCCUCUUUUUGAUCAAGUUGGUGAAAAUGCAAUGUGGGCUAUUAUGACUGUUGUUGUCAUCUUUGAAUUCAAUGCAGGAGCUACACUUGGAAAAGGGUUCAACCGUGGAAUAGGAACUAUUGUAGGAGGAGGGUUAGGAUGUUUAGCUGCAAUAUUGGCACAAAAAAUUGGAGGAGUUGGUAACUCAAUAUUCAUUGGAUCUUCAGUGUAUAUUCUUGGAUCAUGUGCUACAUAUUUUCGAUUUGUUCCAAGAAUAAAGAAGAGAUAUGAUUAUGGAGUAGUGGUGUUUAUGUUAACAUUUAACCUAGUUGUGGUAUCUGGAGCAAGACCUGGGUUUAAAGUUUGGGAGAUAGCAAGAGAACGUUUGUUGAAUAUUUUGAUGGGUUUCAUUGUUGCGAUUUGUGUGAGUUUGUUCGUUUUUCCUACGUGGGCUAGUGAUGAACUUCAUGAUUCUGUUGUCGAAAGGUUUCAUCAUCUUGCAAGUACCAUUCAAGGUUAUUUAGAGGAAUGUUCAAAAUCAGUCAAAGAAAAGGAAAAUCAACCAGAUACCAGCUUCACAGUUUGCAAGUCAGUGUUGAACUCCAAGUCAAAAGAUGAAUCAUUGGCAAAUUUUGCAAAAUGGGAACCUUGGCAUGGAAAAUUUGGAUUUUCCUACCCAUGGGAAAAGUACUUAAAGAUUGGAGAAGUUCUUCGAGAACUAGCUGCACUUAUUAUUGCAUUGCAAUGUUGCAUCCAUGCCUCAAAAAAGCCCACAGCAUCUUUGAAGCAGUGUGAAACAAUUGGGUCAAAGGUUGUAUGGACUCUACGAGAAGUUGGAGAUAGCAUGAAACAAAUGAGAAAAUGUGAAGAAAGGGACAACAUUAUAGCUAAGUUGAAAACAACUAGAGAAGAGUUGAGUUUGGUCAUUUCAACUUCCAUGAUUGAAGAAUUUGAGAAUGAUGAAAGGCUAGCAAUUGCUAGUUUGGUGUUUUUGCUUAUGGAAGUGGUGGAGAAGGUAGGUGAAUUGGUUAUUGAGGUUGGAGAACUUCAAGAUGGAGCAGGUUUUCGCACCCGAGUAACUUUGGUGUCUAUGUAA